CGAUAGUAAUACAUUAAGUUCAGUUGGAAGAAGUAACGCGAAGGUAAAUAAAUGUGUUUAUUCGUGGACAUGUAAAAAAAACAAAUUUAAUUUAAUUGUGAUAAAGUAUUGAAAAUUUUCUUUAACAUGCAGUUUUACAAAUUUGUUACUUUUUUAUUUUUUGCCAUCAAUUCAGUUACACCUGAGUCAAAAAAUCAUUGUAUAACACCCCUUCGUGAAAAAGGUAAUUGCGUUUCUCUACUACAAUGUCAAUCGCUUCGGGUGCUUUUGGAGAAUCAAAGUUCAGAUGAAUCUGUCAAAAAUUAUCUUCGAUAUUCGUAUUGCGGAUCUGAAAUGAAUUAUCCUAAAGUAUGCUGUCCUUCCACAAAUAAUGAUCAAAAUAUUUCUAAUGUUAACAACAGAAUUGGGCAACCCUCAAAUGCUAUGAGUAACGAACAUAAUAUUGCUCCAGUAUCUAAAUUACCAGAACCAAACACUUGUGGACGAACUAACGUUGUACGUGAUCGGAUUCAGGGUGGAGAAACACCUAGCUUAGGUGAAUGGCCAUGGGUUGUUGCUUUGGGUUAUCGAAAUAAAUAUAAGCCAAAUGAACCACUAAAAUGGUUGUGUGGUGGUAGUUUAAUAUCUGAUAGAUAUGUUUUAACUUCUGGUUACUGUUCUACUGAAUCUAGUCAAAAUAAACUCACUGUUGCAAGAUUAGGAGAUUUAAUCUUAGAUCCCAAUGUUGACGAUGGAGCUUCUCCUCAAGAUAUUGCAAUCGAAAAGAUAAUUCCACAUGAACUAUACAAUAGACGGCGUCAUAGUAAUGAUAUAGCUAUUCUGAAACUAGCCACUCCAGCUAAAUUUAACAAGAAUGUUCAACCUAUUUGUUUACCAACUUCACAAAAAUUAAGGACUAAAUUAUUUGUAAAAUAUACUCCUACAGUUAUAGGUUGGGGAACAACUGAAGUAAAUGGACCAUUAAGUAAUGCAUUGAUGGAAGUCGGUCUUCCUAUCGUUGAAAAUAGAGAUUGUAAUCGUUCUUAUUCAUCAUUUCCUGUUACGAUAGAUAACAGUGUAUUGUGUGCAGGGUAUUUCAAAGGAGGAAAAGGUUCAUGCCAAGGUGAUUCUGGAAAUCCAUUAAUGAUACCUCAAAGUGGACAGUGGUAUUCAAUAGGAAUUGUCUCCUUUGGUUAUAAAUGUGGUGAACCUGGAUAUCCAGGCGUCUAUACCAGAGUAACUCACUUUGUCGAUUGGAUAUUAGACAAAAUAAAUAAUAAUUAGUGUUAUAUUAGUUAAAUAAUACUUCAUUAUACUUAAUUAAAAAAAAAUUGAAUACAGGUUUAAAUACUUGAAUUUAUUACUUUUAAUUAAAAACAGAUUUUUACAAAAUGCCAUUUUUUGAAUGUUGUAUUUAAUAACUUUUAAACCCCAUAUGAACAAUGUUUACAUGUCUUAUUUUUUAACUGGAAAAAUUUAUAAUUGACAAUUGAACCAGUAAUUUCUAAUGCUUUUUGAAUACGUUGGAAUGUUGUUAACAGGCGCCUACAAAUACAAAGAAUAUAUAGAGUGAUCCGUUAACUACGUCUAACGCAUUAUAAGUAAUUAAACUAUUACAAAAAUUAUUUCUUAACAAGCAAUAAACAAUACCUAGCUAUGUCAUUUAAAACUAUUGUAUUAUUUAUUGAUGUACUUACUGAAAAUAUUGUCGCAUUAAAUAGAUAAUAUAAAUCAUCUUUAACAAAUGUUAUAGUAUUAUCAUUUGCAUAAAAAGCAACAUCUAUACUCGCUGGUACAUUUUUCCAAUCUCUCAAAGGUCUAGGAUACUCAUUGGAUACUGGAGGCUUGAUAAUUGGAUCAUAUACCCAGUAUUUUUCGCCUUUAAGAA